AUGAAUCAGUUACGUUCCACCUACCUCAGUACAGCAAGCCCCGUCACCGAAACAGGAGCCGCCACAACUGCCGACUCCGAGGAUUUCAUCACCGAACCUAACUGGAACGCCGGCGGAGGUCGUAUUGGCGACGACAUUGCUUCCGGUGUCGAUGCUGAGCGCGGCCGCUGGGCCACGUGCCUCGGCACAGUUGGCACGCUGGUCGUCUUGGUGACACUGCUGCUGGCCAGCCUGGUGGUGCUGAGCAGACUGACGGGUGACUGGGGGAGCUCUCGCGGAAGCCCCGCCGACACCACGGAGGCGACGAUGCUGGCCAACUACGGCUCGUCGAGGCCUCGCCGCCAGAGAGAGCGCGGCGCCACUUGCCGUACUGACGCGUGCGUUGCGGCCUCCGAUAACGUCAGCCUGGACACGACCACCAACCCGUGCGACGAUCUGUUCGGCCACGUCUGCAACAACUGGAUCAGAGGGGGUGCCGGCCGAAUGGAGACCUUGGACACUCGGAGCUAUCGACACACAGUAGACCACGCACACCAGGCCGCACUGUCUCGCGCCCUGCACAAGAUCUUGGCGCGCAGAACGGGAAUCCGGUCCCGGGGGCUGCCGGAUGCACUAAAGCGUCUCUAUCGCAAGUGCCUCAAGCCAAGACCCGAAGACGGUGCUGAGCUUCGCUCUAAGCUGCUCGACAGCGCAGGCGUCGCCCCAUGGCCGCAGCCCCGUCGGGAAACAGCUAAUGCCGAGGAUGUGUCCAAGGUUCUGGGCAACGCGUACUACUUCACGAACGAGCCCGUGCUCCUGCGAAUGGGGGUGGGUGCCGACGGGCUCGUGUUUCUGGGCGAGCCUCGGCUCCUUUUGGACGGCCCCGCUGUGACACCCAGCGACGUGGCACAGGCGACGGCCGCGGCCUUCGUGUCAGCCGGAGGGCAGCUACCACCACCGGUCGACGUGAACCGAGUCGAAAAGCUAUUGGACUCCGCCCGAAGUGGCGACGACAUUCCGCCCUGGAACACGACCAUACGCCUGCCCGAGGCGGAUCCGGAAACUGACCGAGAGCGUAGUGCUAAGAAACCGCAGGCCGCCUGGGCCUCCUGGAACCUGCGCACGGUGAUCGAAGAAGCGUUCGAACCUCGAGAAGCCAUCAGCGAUGUCGUCGUUCGUGCACCCAGCUACGUCGAGGCUAUGCCGGACUUGCUCAAGCAACUGAAGGAACACGAGAUACUCAACUACCUGGGUCUGCGCACAGCUCUUCUGGCGUCUCGCCUGCUGCCUGAUGGCCCGGAGAAAAACCUCCUUUGCCGGCUCACUGACGUCGAUGACGCUGCGCCGGCCCGUACCUCCGCCGAGCACUGCGUCCGACUGAUAGCCAAGUACGAGCCCGUACUGGCGCUCCACGCUCUGGCUACCCGGUCGUCGCUGGUGACCGGCCUGGAUGCCCAGUCCCUGCUGACCUUCCUGCACAGACAGCUGACCAGCCUAGUGCGUGCCGACGCGCUGGACACCGGCAACGAUUCCACCUCGGCCAGAUUGGCAGACCGUGCGGAUGCCCUGCCAUGGGUGGGGCCUGCACCACAAUGGCUGAACAAUGCCACCACGCGUCAGGCAUACAUCGCCAAGUUCUACGACCAGACCGCGUCCUCUUCCCACGGUGCCGCGCCAGCCGUGUUCGCCUGGAUGCAGGAUAAGGUGGUCAACGAGCACCUGGCGCUCAACGAUCCUGACCAGUUCGUGAACGCGCACUGGACACCGGGUCUCCUGUCGACGCGCUGCAGGCUUGUGUUGCGCGAGGAGGAUACCGUCGCCACCGGCGGCGGAGACGCAGGUGACGACGAUGACGCAUUGAAGGGGAUCCCGGAAGCCACGCUUCAGGUACCCCCGGCGGCGUUGGACUUGCUCUGGGCAACCAAUCCUUCAACGGCCAUGUUACAGGUGGCGCGCAUCGGCGUACGCGCCUACGAGCCAGUGCUACGGUACCUACUGCGGUGGCUGCAGCGUCAACAGCGCUCGAGGCUUAACAACUGCACGAAGUGGUCCUCGUCUUCACCCGGCCUCCUCGACGUCGCGCUCGAGUCGCGCGCGCUGUCUCUGGCGCUUCGAGCCUUCCUCGCGUGGCCCGGCGCAUCGGAGCUGGUUUUGCCGGGACUGGAGCACCUAAACGCCGAGCAACUCUUCUUCGUCUUCUACGCACUCAACCAGUGCGAGGCCAACGGUCCCGACGUUGAGCAGAUGCUCGCUGCGAGGCAUAAGCGCCGUGAUGGGACAGCCAGACCGGAUCUCGCCACCUGGAUCAACGAGGUGGCCACAACGAACGAGGACUUCGGCCGGGCCUUCAAGUGCGCUUUGCCGGCAAAGCAGCCCAACCCUUUCCGGGACUGCAGCUAAUCGGCGGCCUAAACGCCACCGGCGUUUUCUUUCACGCGCCUUUCUUUCAAGUGCAAAAUAUACAUACGUUAGUGAACCCACUGUUGUGACUGUUCCCGAGAGCGAACGCAUUGGCGAAUUCCACCAUGGUGUACAAUUCACUGUAUUGUCCGAUCUCAUUGAUCCAGAAGGCGGCGACGGCCUCCCUCAUUGGUUCGAAUGCGUUGUCGAAUUCCGCCACGUUGUAGAAUUAGCCUUAU